GGGAGGUGCCUGGACCGAGUCUCUCAUGUUCCGUGCUGUGCUGCUUAGCCGUGUGUCAACCCGAAUGCUGCCACUUGUGGCUGCUGUGCUAUUUAAGGAGAAAGAUACUGAGUUCUCUGACAGGCAGCAUGACAAGCACCUGUACUACAAUCUCACGGUGAAAGUCCUCAGAGCUAGAAAUAUUCACGGCACAGACCUGUUGUCCAAGGCAGACUGCUAUGUGGCAUUGAAUCUUCCAACUGCAUCUCCAGUCACAUCUCGAACACAGGUUGUUUAUAAUUCCAGUGAUCCAGAGUGGAAUGAAACCUUUGAAUACAGGAUCCACAGUGCUGUGAAGAAUAUCGUGGAGUUCACCUUCUAUGACAAAGGCAUUGUGCUGAGGAGUCAUGCUGCCUCCAUUCAUUUUGAUGUGGGGAAUAUUAUCCCAGGGCAGACUUUGAAUCACACAUUUGUGCUAAAUCCCCAGGAAAAGGAGGGGAGAGAAGAGUUGGAUGUGGAAUUUUCUUUGGAAGAAAGCACAGAUCCCCACGCUGAGUCCAUCACCAAUGGAGUUCUAGUGGCUCAUCCCUGCCUGUGUGUUCAAGGCUCCAUCAAUAAAAGUGAGAAGACCAAAUGGAUAAUACAGGAGAACUGUCAGGUCAAGUUGUCCGUGCCAGGGGCCUUUGAGAAUCGGUCAUCCACUUUCUGUAGUGCUGAUUCAGAAGAGAGAAGGAAGAUCCCGUUUCUCUUUCAUGUAGACAGAGAAAUCAGCCCAGAGCUGCACUUGGAGCUGCUGCAAACGACAACUGUCCUAGAGGAGGGAUGGAGUGAGGAUCUGAAAAUGCACACUGCACGCUUAGGGACGGGAGCAAUCCCCCUUGCAACACUUCCUCUUGGACAGGAAGUUGAAAUUAGCGUUCCACUAGGAAAGGGGCAAGGUGUGGAUCUGACUGUGAAGGUUGAAGAGAGCUCUCAGGAUCUUGAUGUGCGCAUCAGUUUUGACCUCUGUAAAGGAGAGAGAGAAUUUUUGGACAUGAGGAAGAAAGUAGUUUCUGAUGCCCUAAAGAAGACACUUGGUUUGCCAGAGGAGCCCAAGAAAGAUGAGAUCCCUGUAGUGGCAGUAGUGGGAUCAGGAGGUGGGAUGAGAGCUAUGACUGCUUUCUAUGGCAAUCUAUCAGGACUCCAGCAGCUUGAUCUCUUGGAUAUCCUGAUGUAUAUGUCUGGAGUCUCAGGAUCCACCUGGUGUUUGUCUAAACUCUACAAAGACCCUCACUGGUCCCACAAAGACCUCCAGGAUGCAAUUAGCGUUGCUCGGAAACUCGUGACCAGUAGCAAAGUGGGGGCGUUUUCUGCUGAACGACUGGUGUAUUAUUUCCAGCAGCUGAUCUUGUUGGAGAAAGAAGGACGGAAGGUCACACUCACGGAUUUGUGGGGCCUUAUCAUAGAAUAUUUCUUACAACAGAAGCAGGAUCCAUCGAAGCUGUCUGACCAGCAGUCAGCAGUCAGGUGGGGACAGAACCCCUUCCCUAUCUAUGCAGCUGUCAAUGUGAAGCCCAAUGUCGGUAGCCAUGAAUUUACAGAGUGGUGUGAGUUCACACCCUAUGAGUUUGGUAGCCACAAGUAUGGAGCCUUUAUCCGCAUAGAAGACUUUGGCAGUGAAUUCUUCAAUGGGCUGCUGCUUGGGAAAUGUCUGGAGCCCAGAAUUUGUUUUCUGCAGGGAAUAUGGGCCAGUGCCUUUGCUGCCAAUCUAGAUGAAAUCUGGGAAGAAGUGAUUUCUUCAAAAGUUGGCUUUCUAGAAUCUCUGAAAGAUGCCAUCAAAGCUAUAGAUGAGGCUCGAGGACGCCAGCCUCUGGACCCCUCACAAUUAGAAAAGCGAAUGGUCAUGCCAGGUGGAGCCUUCUCACAUUUAUUUCAAGAUGUAUUUAAGUCUCGCUUCUCUGCUGGGGAAAACAUUAACUUUAUGCGUGGACUGUACCUUCACAGGGACUACGUCAAUUCCAAGGAGUUUGUGACCUGGAAAGGCACUCACCAGGAUGCCUUUCCCAACCAGCUAACUCCAAUGGAACACCAUCUGUACUUGGUAGAUGGGGUUUUUUCUAUCAAUUCUCCAUUUCCUUUGGUGCUUCAGCCGGAGAGAGAUGUAGAUGUCAUCUUUUCAUUCAACUACUCUUGGGAAGCUCCAUUUGAGGUGCUGCAUCAGGCUCAGAAGUAUUGUGAAGAACGGGAAAUCCCCUUUCCACACAUUGUUGUGAGUGAGACAGAUAAGCAGAAGCCCAAGGAGUGUUAUAUGUUCAUGGAUCCUCGGAAUCCAAAAGUUCCCAUAGUGCUUCACUUUCCAUUGGUGAACAACACAUUCCAGAAAUACAAGGCACCAGGAGUCGAGCGUGAGACGGAAGAUGAGAAAUCCUUUGGCAACUUUCCUGUUGAAGGAGAAAAAUCUCCUUAUCAUUCUAUGAACUUCACAUAUCAACCCAAUGAAUUUGAUAGGCUGCUGGAAUUAAGCUGCUACAAUAUUAUGAACAACAAGGACGCUAUUUUAAAAGCCCUUGAUUUGGGCAUGAAAAGAAGGGUACUCAAGAAUGCCAAAAGAAAAUAA